UUCACUUUCCACAAACAACUUCUUUUUCCCCUUUCAACUUCACAUACCCCUUCAAACCAAUUAAUAUAGAGACUCAAGACAACCACUACUUUUAGUACUAAUGGAAUUAUCAUAUGGAGAAGAACUACUACUUUCUUCUUGUGAUCCACUACUUGAAGAUGCCAAAUUACGAAAACCGAAAGAGAUAGAAAUUUGUGAUGGUGAUCAAGAAGAAGAAGAAGACAAGACAGAAACUUGUAAUGAUCAUGAAUCAAGACUGGAUCAAGAACUCAAUCUUAUAGGUAGUUUUAAUAAUAUGGCUGCUAGUAAUAAUAAUUCAUCAGAAACUACAACCACUACACCACAAGCAUCCGCAGAUACAACUACUGAGCCUAGGGUUUUCUCAUGUAACUAUUGUCAAAGGAAAUUCUACAGUUCACAAGCACUUGGAGGUCACCAAAAUGCCCAUAAAAGAGAAAGAAAUCUUGCCAAAAGAGGUCAAAGAAUGGGCUUUCUUUCAAGUAGUCCUAUGUUUUCAGCAGCUGCAGCUUUUGGUCAUACAUAUGUGUAUCAACAACAACAACAAAAUGAUCAAAAUUAUUGCUCUACCCUUUCUUCACUUCCUCUUCAUGGCUUUAACAACAACAACAAUAGAUCACUUGGAAUUCAGGUACACUCAAUGAUCCACAAACCUCCUAGCUGUAAUAACUCCAUGUUUUCGACAUCUUCUUCUUCGGGCUUCAAAGGCUUCUAUGGACCAAAAGGAUGGUCAUCUAGACCCCAUGUUGAUCAACAACCUACUAUAGGGAAACUACCAUUAGCAUCAGCAAACUACACAUCGAAUUUGGCCGCCGCACCACCGUCCCACGCCAGUGUAGGGAGGUUUGAUGUUGUUAGAACGAACUCGAAUGUCGACAAAGAUGAAAUUACUGGCAAUUGUUUAUGGUGGCCAGAGUUGAAGACUAAUAAUCAAGAUGAGUCCCAACAACAACUUGACUUAUCCCUCAAGCUCUAGUACUAAAUCACCUAAUUUAUUCAAUUACAUAUUUUUUUUUUCUCUUAGAUCUUUCUUGUUGAGAGAUCAUCCAUUAUACUUGUGUUUUGUCAUUACUUUUCUUUUUUCUCCUUUUUUUUUCUUUCUAUUUUUAAAUAAGUUUAUUUUUUUUGAAAUUGAAAAUAGCUAGCUAGUGUGUAUAUUUAGAUCUUGGAAAGAUUUGAUUUUUCAGA